AUGGCGACGGUGCGUCGCCGUGCGGUGUGCGCGUUGGCGCUCCUCGUGCUGCUCUGCUGCUGCUGCGCCUCGUUUGUCUGCGGGGCGACGUGGAGUGAGCCGUCCUCAGUGCCGGUGCAGGUGGCGUGUAAGCGGGAAGGCAAAACUGUUCUUUGGCGCUUUCCCGGCGAGGGCAACUGGACGCCGUGUACGAAAGGUGUGCGGGGGGGAAGAUUCCUUGAGUGUUCGGCCUUGUGCCAUGACGUCGAAGAGCAGUACCAGGAUUGGGAGUGUGCCACGGCGUGUGCUGGGGCCAACGAGGACGCUGUUGCGUUCACGAUUAAAUUUCAGCGUGAGGAGGGAAAGAGCGGGUUUUGCAGGGACUGGACGGCGUCAAUCGCAACUGAGACCGCCCUCUCCGAGACGCCAGGCAUUUGCCAGCUACCGUCCAAGGCGGUGCUGCCUGAGCCCCCCGUCGCCGGAAACCCUCUUCGUGGUGAAGAAGCGCAGCCACCAGCGGCACCAGCGGCCCCUGAAGCACCUGCAGCGGGCACCCCGGCGGCCGAUGGUGCGGGCGGCGCUGAACAUCCCACAGACGCAGCCGCCACAGUCGGGAGCCCGGACUCUUCCAGCCCCCCGCCCACGGACCCUGCGCCCGAGGGAGGGAGCGGUGGCCCGGACGCCCCCCGGGACUGGACCACGUUUAUCACCGACGCCGAAAUGAUGUUGCGGAAGAAUGCCGAUGGUGGCGUCGUUGUGCGUGGGAAUGCGGCUCCCUUGCUGCUGCCGCUGCUGCUGCUGGGGAUGUGGGGCGCCGGGGCGCUUGCCUGA